AUGGCGGCGGCGUCGGAGGAGCGGAUGGCUGAGGAAGGAGGCGGCGGCCACGGCGACGGCGGCCCCUCUUCGGCCGUCGGCUCUGCCCAGCGACUGCCCCCCCCGCCCCCGCCCCCGGCCCCGCAGCCGGGCUCCCAGGCGCCCCCAGCCCCGGCGCUGGCUCCCGACCAGCUGCCUCAAAACAACACGCUGGUGGCGCUGCCCAUCGUAGCCAUCGAGAACAUCCUCAGCUUUAUGUCCUACGACGAAAUUAGCCAGCUCCGCCUGGUUUGUAAAAGAAUGGACUUGGUCUGCCAGAGAAUGUUGAAUCAGGGAUUUCUAAAAGUGGAGAGAUACCACAAUCUAUGUCAGAAACAAGUUAAAGCACAACUUCCAAGGAGGGAGUCAGAAAGAAGAAACCACUCGUUAGCCCGUCACGCAGACAUCCUUGCUGCUGUUGAAACAAGGCUCUCACUGUUAAAUAUGACUUUCAUGAAGUAUGUGGAUUCCAAUCUCUGUUGCUUCAUCCCAGGAAAGGUGAUCGAUGAGAUUUAUCGUGUGUUGAGAUAUGUCAAUUCUACCAGAGCCCCUCAGCGAGCCCAUGAGGUACUUCAGGAGUUAAGGGACAUCUCCUCCAUGGCAAUGGAGUACUUCGAUGAGAAGAUCGUGCCCAUUCUCAAGAGAAAGUUACCAGGAUCAGAUGUGUCUGGAAGACUCAUGGGCUCUCCUCCAGUUCCAGGACCUUCCGCAGCCCUCACGACGAUGCAGCUCUUCUCCAAGCAGAACCCCUCAAGACAAGAGGUCACCAAACUCCAGCAGCAGGUCAAGACCAACGGCGCUGGUGUGACUGUUCUCAGGCGCGAGAUCUCUGAGCUUCGCACCAAAGUGCAGGAGCAGCAGAAGCAACUUCAGGACCAGGACCAGAAACUGCUGGAGCAGACCCAGAUCAUAGGCGAACAGAACGCACGGCUGGCGGAGCUGGAGCGCAAACUGCGGGAGGUCAUGGAGAGUGCGGUGGGGAGCUCCUCUGGGUCAGGGGCCAACGAAGAGUCUCCUCGGAAACGGAAGAAGGCAGCAGAAGCCAUAGACUCCCUUAGGAAAUCAAAGCGUCUCCGGAAUAGAAAGUAAAGGGGGAGUGUUUCCAGCGCCAGAGGAAGACGUGCUCAGCAGCUGAGUGGUUCUGCCUGCAGGACCUGGGAGCCUCGGUGCCCCCCAGGCUGCCAGGCCUUCGGAAGGAGCACGACUCCUGCUUGGACUCUUCCUGCUUCUCCCAGUUGAACUGAUGCACAGAAUCUUUUUACUUUGCAAUAGAUUUGUACUAACCAGACCUGUUCUAUCAUGUUUUGAGGAGUUAACUUUUUUCUGUGCAGAUAAUGUCUAAAGUAAGUUUAUUUGUUUCUGCAUAUAUGCACAUUACAGAAGGAUCUGAAACAAACCAGUCUGGACAGACUAGAAGUUAAGUUUAAUACAGAAAAAUGUCCUGUUUCACUUGAAAGAAAAGACCUACUUUUUAAAUGGACAAUAUCUUGUUUAAAAAAAAAAAAAGUUGACUUUUUGUUAUAAGUGACCUUUGUCUGGAAUGUCUGAAAAGUAGUAAAUGCUUUUUGGUAUCAAAGUAAUGGGUAACUAAAACGGACUUCCAUAGUGUUGGCUGUAGAAGGGGCCUCUACAGUAUUGACUAUCUAUUUUUAUAAACUACUGGCAAGGGACUUAUCCAGUUGUUAUAUACAUGUUUUCAUUUCUCUUCUGGGGCCAUGUCCUCCAUUUGCAUGGAUGCAUGCAUUGCCUAGUCAGCUCACUUAAGAAGCUCUUGCACUGGUAUGGACCUUGAACCUCUAUACUUCUCCACUUUUUAGAGCAGCAUUAGUUUAUUAGAGCGCCUGACAUCUCCUACCACCACGACAGCUUGCCUCCAGGGAGGCAUUUGUCAGACCGUUUGUCCUCUGCUUUCACAGGAACAGGGAGCAUGGAAGCCCAUCUGUUUUCGUUAGGGUUCAGGUACAUGGGCCGAGGCAGAACCCCAAACUCCCAGGCUCUAUCAGUGUCGGACCUCUGGUGACUGGUGUAGCGUCCCUUCCUCACCACUGCGGGUAUGAGUAGGGGAUUCAGCCGUGGGCUGCAGUGUUGCCAUUGAAAGAAAGCUUGUUGGAGAAAAGCGUACUCUGAGAAAGCAUUUUGAUCGUUUUGUUUCUGGGGGAUGACCUGAGGGAAGCAUUUAAAUAUUAGUUUCAAGCUUUCCUUAUUCUACAACUUUAAACAAAGCUUUAAUUUCGUUUGCACUCCUGUUUUGAGCGUGUAACUGGAAAAGCAUGUCUUGCACUGUUCACCCUUCUAAGCGGUCACUUUAAGCACCUCCAAAUCGUGUGCAGUGGUUACUUUCCCCAGGUGGAUAUUUUUGAGGCAUUCAACGAUGACUGUCCUCAUUUUAUUUUCAUGUACUAAAUUAUGUAGUUAUUAUUUGAUAAGUUCUUUUAUCAACUUUUACCAACUGUUGCUUUGGGCUUCAGUUAUUUCAAAUAGGCUUAGGUGUAAUAUAGGAAAUGACCCCUGUCCAGGUGGGAGUUUGACACCUGCAUGAAACCUAAGGUUUGGGUAAGUACCUUAGUGGAACAAAAGCACAAGGUUGCCGCCCUUUUUAUCCGCCCACCAUGACAUCACCUCACCAAAUGAAACUUUUUCUUACCCAUUUUUAAUAUUUUCCUUACAUAAUACUGUCCUUAGAUUUUGAUCAAUUCUCUGUCUGGCUUGGAAACUCCCAUUUACAAUGUAGUAUGUUUUCAGUGAAAAAAACCAUAUAACAUCCAAGUGUUUCAUGGUUUGUUGGGAAGGUAAUUUUAAAAUAAACAAUUUCCAAAAAACAUUUGUCAGCCAAGGUCAUCCAUAAAAGUCCCCGUCUGGAACUUGUUUUCUUGGCAGGUGUCAUUUUUGUAAUCCUAGGAUUGAGCCAUAUUGUCCUGACUCUGGAGCAGGCCUGCUGGAGUACUCAUGGCUGUUAAUAUUCCGCCUUCCUGGUAAUAGGAAGAUGCUAGAGUAACCAGGUAACAUGUUUACAGGUUUACAAAGUAGGAUCCUUAAUGCAUCAAAGGGAUAGGACCUCAGAUGACUAACAGUUGUUAAUAAAUUAUUUCCACUUUCUUGGAUUGCUUUUUAAACCACACAUAGAUACCCAAAUGUAUGUAGAGUCUUCCAUUCGUUAACAUGAGUAUUUGGCUUUCACACCAUCAGAAGGUAGAUUUUGAGUUUCGGAAUCCAGGUUUCUGCAGGAUACACGUGUCACUGUCCAUAAGGUCCAUGGGCCCCACUUGUACGCACUACGGUUGUCCAUUCAAGUCUUAAUCUUCCUUAAGGCGUCUUGCCAAAAAUCGUGUGAGGCUGUGGCCUUGACCGAUUCAAUAGCUCUUACACUUAACUUUUGGAUCACAUAGUGGGAUUUAGGGUUUGACAAAUCACAAAUUAUUUUGACCAACUGAAACUGACAUGUCAAUUGUGGAUGAGCCCCUGAGGAGGAGCCAUCUCACCUGAGGGUUAGACCCCAGGGGUUUCAGUGCUGUUAGCGUCAUGUUGUCCUUGAUUAAGAGUCCCUGAGUCACCCAUGUCAUCUUCCUUGGCUGUUUUUCAGAGACUUCUGUGCUGACAGGUCCACUCCCACUUGUGAAUUGAUUAUGGUCCAGCACCACUGACCCAGACACAAGGGGACUUGCCCCUGCCUCACAGGCACAGGGCCCUCCACAUCUCUCCCACACAGAUUUGGUCUGGUUUUCACAUAAUCUGAAAUACAAAUGAUUUCAGGACAUGAGAUUACAGAACCUGCUGCUUUUCAAGCUCCUAUUUUGCUGUACAGAGCCUGGAAAUAAUGGGGCAGACACAAACUCACUAAUUAAUCAUACUGUUUUAAAAACCAUUGGGGUGCCAUCUGGUCUAAAGCCACUGGUUUUAGAAGCAGCUUUUUUCUUUUUUGUUUUCUUUGUAAAACGUGGUUUUUGGAGUACUGAAUUAUAAGGGGCUUGCCUUAAUCUCUAUUUAGUAGUUUCAAGAUGUAUGCUCUAUUCUACUUGUUAACAUGUUGAAAUAUUCUAUGUAGCCCCAAAGGUGGGUCAAACAGUAUAAGUCAUGACUAAAUAAAUAAGCUAAAGGUGUCACUAUAGCUGGAUUUUUUUUUUUUUUUAGAUAAGAUGGACAUAUGAACAGAGGCUAUGUGUAAGAAGCAAAAACCAUGGCACCUUGAGAUUGCACUAUUUUUUGCAUUGUUUUCUAUGCCAUUUCAUAGCCUGCACUUUAGUCUCCAAAGAAACAAUGUAUGAUGUCCCAGUUCCUUAUUAGUAAUAAACUGUUUCCUGAGACAGGGCACUUAAUUCUGUUUUACUGAGAGAGUUUCUUGGAGGUGGAUCCCUUUCCUGAGUUCUCUAUUUCCUUAGCCAUAAUAUUUUUCUAGGAUCUAGGAACUCCCGAUCUUCUCUGUUUCCAACAGUAUAGAAUUUUAAUUUAAUGUAAUGUAAAAUCUCAUUCUUGGUGAUCAGCACAUUCUUACAUCCUGCCCUAGUGGUGUGUACCCAUUUGUUGACACCUAUCCAACCCUCUAAAAAUAUGUAAGUACGAUCUGGAGCCGGGAAUAAAAGCAUUCUGAAAGGUAGAUGUCCCAUAGGAUCCUGGCUUGUAACUGGCUAUUUCUAAUAGAUGAUGUGAAAUCCAAUCUGAUAAUGCCAUCCAACUUCUCAAUAUCUGAGUCCCUUUAACUAGUCCACAAAAGAUUAGUAAGUUAAAACACCCCGGAAAUGACAAGCUUCAGUAGCCUGCCAUCAGGGAUCAAUUAUUUUCCAAAAAAUACUGAAGCAAUCAAAAAAAUUAAACUGGCAAUCAGUCAACUGCUGCCCACCAUUUUAUUUUUAAUAGUGCAUUGUAUCUGUGGCAAGUAUGAUAGGCCCAAGUAAUGUUGGCUUUUUCCAGCUUGCUCAGAAUAAUUGCUAAAUUGCUAAAAUCAAAAGUUAAACUUGUCCUGUUGUGUCUGGAGAGAACCAUGGGAUUUUAGAAGCAUAUUGGAAAUCUAUUGGGUCAAUUGCCAAAGUAUACCGGUCCAUAUUCAAAGCUAUACCAAAAGUUUAGAAGUGUUUGAAAUUCCUUAUGUGGUACCAUGUCUGUUUACUUAUGCUCAUGAGCAACAAUGAGUUACUAGUUUGCCUUCUGGAAUUUUAAUUGUUAUAACCUAAUUCAAUUAUUGGAAAUGAAAAGCACCUCCCGCUCACACAACAGGGUACGUAAAUAAAUGUGUUGUAACCAA